GCGCUGCCGGGCGCGGGCGGAGAGUUAACGCGCGGUGCGGGGCAGGGUGGGGAGGCUGAUGCGGAGGUUGGCGCGGGGAAGCCCCCAGAGCUCCUAGUGUCUUCACGAGCCCCGUGCCCGGCCUCCCUCUGCCCAGCGGCAGCAAGAGUCACCGCUCCUGGUCACUUCUAGACGAGGCUCGGAGGAGAUCAGGGCUGGCAGGGAGGUCACCUCGGCCAGCAGGACUUGCCCCCGCUACGUCAGCCCAGCCCCGGCGGUGUCCAGCCGGGGCUUAACGACCUCCAAGGAUGGAGUGAGAGAGCUGGGGGAUGCUCCCUGUUGCAAAGUGCUUCUAAAGUCUCCCAGGACCCGAUUAUUUCCCUGCGUUUUUCCUCUGGAAAAAAGAAAAAAAAAGAAUAGCAGCGGAACAGGUCAAGGAUAAUCGAGGAGUGACCAGAAGUUGGGAGGCCCCCCUUGUGUAUGUUACAAACCCAGUAGUCCUGUCCAGAUACUGGAAGACACUGGGUUUCUUUACCAGGACCAUCCACUCUUCUCCAGUAGGCGUGAUAUUUCCCCGUUAACAGCAGAAGCAAUUGGUAGUGUCAAAGCUGUUGAGGACCCUGUAUGCACGUUGCAUCCCCCAAACUUCCUCAGGAUCUCGGAGGUGGAAAUGAGAGGUUCAGAGGAUGUUGCAGCUGGAACAGUAUUACAGCGGUUGAUCCAGGAGCAGCUGAGGUAUGGCAACCCAAAUGAGAACAUGAAUCUGCUGGCAAUUCAGCACCAGGCCACAGGGAGCGUAGGACCAUCCAACAGCACAACAAGCACUCUUUCUUCCACGGAAAACCUCACACAAGAAGACCCACAAAUGGUCCACCAGUCAGCUCGCCAGGAACCUCAGGGGCAAGAACAUCAGGUGGACAAUACUGUGAUGGAGAAGCAGUCUAGGGCCACUGUUCAGCCUCAGCAGAACAAUGAGGAACUACCAACCUAUGAAGAGGCUAAGGCUCAGUCCCAGUUUUUUCGGGGCCAGCAGCCAGGUGCUGUUGGGCCCAGUUUUUAUGUUGGUGGAGUGUCCAGUCAGAAAUCCAGAACAGAAGGGAGACCAACUGUGAACCGGACCAACAGUGGGCAAGCACAUAAAGAUGAGGCGCUUAAAGAGCUAAAGCAGGGCCAUGUCCGCUCUCUAAGUGAGAGGAUCAUGCAGUUAUCAUUGGAGAGAAAUGGUGCUAAACAACAUCCCCCUACCUCAGGGAAUAACAAAGGGUUCAAAACUGGUGGACUGCCACCUGCUCAGCUGUCUGGCAAAGGAACGGACCCGAGAGGUCCGCCGCCUGAAUAUCCCUACAAAGCCAAGCAGGUGGUGUCUCCAGUCAGCAAGACUCAGGAACACGGGCUGUUUUAUAAUGACCAGCACUCUGGGAUGAUGCAAGAUAUUCUCAAACCCUCCUACCCUGCUCCACAGCCAGCGAGAACAGAAGUAGCAGUUGUCAGAUACCAGCCUCCCCCGGAGUAUGGUGUAACAAGCCGACAAUGCCAAGCCCCGUUUCCACCUGUGCCGGCACAACAGCACAGCCCAAUGUCCUCCCAGGCAUCUUCCGUGACUGGCCCACUGCAUUCAGCCUCCCUGACUCCACUCUCCGCAGCCGGAGCCGUGCAGCCUCCACCAGCAACACCGCCCAGCCAGCAGCUCACGCCCGAUGCAUUUGCCAUUGUGGAACGUGCACAGCAAAUGGUGGAGAUGCUAUCAGAGGAGAACCACGUUCUACGGCAGGAGCUGGAAGGAUACUAUGAGAAGGCAAACAAACUCCAGAAGUUUGAAAUAGAAAUUCAAAGGAUUUCAGAAGCCUAUGAGGGCCUGGUCAAGACCACCACUAAGAGAGAGUCUCUGGACAAGGCUAUGAGAAACAAGCUCGAAGGAGAAAUUAGGAGACUUCAUGAUUUCAACAGGGAUCUCCGUGAACGACUUGAGACUGCCAAUAGGCAGCUAGCCAGCAGAGAAUUUGAUGGGCAUGAAGAUAAGGCAACAGAGGGCCUUUAUGCCUUUCAGAACAAAGAACACUUGAAGGAGAAGGAGAAGCUGGAAGUGGAAUUGGUGACCCUGCGUUCUGCCAAUGAGGAUCAGCGGAGGCACAUCGAAAUCCUGGAUCAGGCACUGAACAAUGCUCAAGCCAAGGUCAUCAAACUGGAAGAGGAGCUGCGCAAGAAGCAAGCCUACGUGGAAAAGGUUGAGAAGCUGCAGCAGGCUCUAACCCAGCUGCAGGCAGCAUGUGAGAAACGGGAGCAGAUGGAGCGGCGAUUGCGCACACGCCUCGAGAGGGAGCUUGAUUCACUGAGAAUGCAGCAGAAACAUGGGAACUACCAGCCAGCCAGCCUGCCAGAGCAUAAUGCCCCAGCACUGAUGGAGUUGGUUCGGGAAAAGGAGGAGAGGAUUCUGGCUCUGGAAGCUGACAUGACUAAAUGGGAGCAGAAGUAUCUGGAGGAAAGCACAAUCAGGCACUUUGCCAUGAAUGCUGCAGCCACAGCUACGACAGAGAGGGAUACCUCAGUCAUGAACCACUCACGGAAUGGCAGCUACAGUGAGAGUUCCCUGGAGGUGCGGAUAUGGCAGGAGGAGGAGGAGAUUGUGCAAGCCAACCGGCGGUGUCAGGACAUGGAAUACACGAUAAAGAAUCUCCAUGCAAAAAUCAUUGAAAAAGAUGCCAUGAUCAAGGUCCUUCAGCAGCGUUCACGAAAGGAUCCUGGGAAAAAUGACACCGCAAGCUUACGGCCUGCUCGAUCGGUCCCAUCCAUCGCUGCAGCGACAGGGGCACAUUCCCGCCAGACCUCUCUCAGCAGCAACCAGAUCGCUGAAGAGAAGAAGGAAGAGAAGACUUGGAAAGGUAGCAUAGGGUUGCUUUUAGGGAAGGAUCAUCAUGACCAUUCAUCAAUCCCAGCGAUGCCACCUCCCCUUCCCUCUUUGUCAUGUGCAACUGCAUCAUUACCGGUGACCGCCUCCCAUGCUAAAACAGGAAGCAAAGACAGCAGCACUCAAACGGACAAAAGCUCAGAGCUUUUUUGGCCAAACACUGCCUCUUUCCCAGGCAGGGGAAGGUUAAGCACCACCCCGUCCAACAGUCCUGCCCUGAGGCACACCGGGGCCAAGGGCACUGGAGAAAAAGUGGAGAACACCCCCAGCCAUGGGAAGCCACUUGAUAACAAAACCCGAGUAAGCAGUUUGAUCAACAAGCCUGAGUUUCCCGACACAGAUAUGAUGGAAGUCCUUAUCUGAGGAGAGGUAACUUCCUCAGCACUUGUACAGCUCCAUUCAAGUCAAAGGAGGCCGUUGUGCAAAUCUUAAAACUAGGUAUAAGAGUUUGAAAAAAGAUGAAGAAAGUUUGGAUCUGGAAGGAGCCUAGAGUUUGGAGUGAUUUUGACUUGGAACCAGAGAGGGAGAAAAGAGUCGUGAACAUGGGAUCGUGGAUAAUGAAAAUGAACAUGAAUGGCUGGGAUAUUCUAACAACAAAAGAGCACUGGUUAUGAGAUGUGGAUUGAGAAUGAGAAGGUGAAGGAAAAAGGAAACUGCAUUUUCUAAUGUAAAGAACAAGUAUCUUUAAUAUUUAUAGUGGAUGCAUACAAGAUGUUCCAAAUGCUGUUCUGUUUUACUGUUUAGCUACAACCAAGACUGAGGGUGAAAUCCUCGCUCUGUAAAAGUCAGUGGGAGUCUGUGAAUUGUCCAGCAGAAGUUUACACUCUUCUGAGACUUAGUCAUUAUCCAAAAUUGUUCACCAAAUAGUCGUAGUGAAUAAAUCCUUGACUGUAGAUCAUGCACUACCCAGCUAUUAUCAGUAUUUGUUUCAAGCCAUGUUGGUUUAUUUUGAUUGGACAUACAGGUCAUGUGUUUGUUUCCUCAGUGUAAGUCUUGGGAUCAGGUUUACAGUGCAAUCCUUUGUGUUUUUUAGAUUCAAGACUUGCCUAAAACUCUCUCUUGCCAAGAGCAGUCCUUCACUAGAAUUUUCUUGCAGGUGAGGAUUAAAGAGGCACAAAUUCCUGCAGAGCAAUCUGUAUUACUCUUUCGAGAAAUGUUUGUUAAAAAAAAUGGGGAGAGCUCACUCAGCUCUAACACACAAACACAUUCACUGUGUUUAGCAGCAAAUGAUACGAAAAGUGCUAGAAGCUUUUACUCAGGAUGUAGUUGGAGUCAGUGGCUGCAUAGAACGUGGAAUAGAAAGCAUUGAGUGCCUGGCAAGUAGCAACCUGAGCCCCUGCCAAGUAUAUUCUCUUGAGAUAAGCUUAUGGCUCAUUAAAAUAAUACUUCAAUAUACAGCAAUAUCUGUCUAAACUGCUCCAGCUUGUUGUAUUGUCAGUGGAGGAAAUUUGAUUUGCCAGGUGUACCCAGAUGUAAAGGAGGGUGAAUUUGAAUGUGUAACUGAGGGUGAAAUUUAGCUAAUGGUUACUAGUAAGGGGAGGAGAAUAUAGUUGAGAGGAAAAUACUAAGACUGUGAACUGGUUUCACAUUGAUUCUGAUGGAGUUAAUCUGGGUUUGCUGAUGAGAUCAAAAUCAAGCUUCUAAUGUGCAUGAAAUAACAACAGAUGAAUCAAAAUGUUUGGGAUAGGAAAUGCUACAUUUCCUCUCUGUUAAGUAUUGGUGCGAAGGAAUGGAGGGCCAGAUUUAGGUUCCUAACUCUCAGUGAAAUCAUUGAUGGUCUCCACCCACAAGCCAGUGUAAGAAUUGAUUCUCAUGACUGCAUACACAGUUUAUUUUGUUGGCUUGUUUUCUACAUCACCUGAUUGGCAGUCCUGUCUCACGCAAGCACUCAUUACUUGUGAAUCAGGAUUAGGGGACUGGCCUUGAACUUUAAUCCCAACACACAUACUUGUUUAACAUUGCAUAAUUCAUCAGCUGAGUGUCGUUCAGGUAUUGUGAUUGGCAUAUUUCAGUGUCGUGGAUGUGUAUAUUUACACAUGCCUAGAAGUUAAUGGAUGUUGCCUGUCCUAAGCUUUGCUCUUAGAUGGUGUCACACACUGCUGUUCAGCGGUGCCAGUAGUAGACCUAGGCCCACGUGAGCCCUUAAAAUAAAGCUUAACUGGGACUAACAUGGCACAAGCACUAUAUAAAGGGGUCCCAAGACUGCUUUCUUCACAGGAUUGAAUUUCAUCCUAUGUGAUUCUUCUAGCACUUGUUCAAAUAUAAGUUUUCUGUGGAACAAGGCUCUGUAUGCAGAGCUCCUCAAUGGCAGGCUAUUGCUAUGCUGGAAUUCAUCUUUCAGUCAGGUUGAUUGUUUAAGGAAAGGUCACAAGCAGUUUUGUUUAAUAGGAAAAAAUGGGCUUUUUCUUUUUCCAUUCAAUCAGAGCUGGAUAUUUUUUGCUUAAAAUGAAAAUAAGAACAUUACAUUUGGGCCAAGCUUUGCAAGAGUCUCCCCAAAACAAAUAGCAUCUUAACCAUAGUGACCGUUUUUCAGCCCACCCCCAUUUUUGGAGAGGUUAGCAUGGCUAAACCUGCUGUGUGGAACUGAGAGUGUAGUCCCUUUCUGUGCUGCCUUGGCUUAGCCACUGUCUUGUCCUGUUUCCUGGGGCAAGUCAGUUAAUUUCUCCUGAUCCCUUUCACUACCGUUUUGCACCAUUUUUACCCUAGUGUUUAUCUUGGUGGUAUUUCACUGACCUAAGGUGGAAGCAAUGCAUUGUGGAAUCAGUCUCCCUUCAUGUCGCUGCUUCUCAACCUGCAAAAUAGAAAUGGUGAUGCUUUCCUACCUGGCAGAGGUUUUAAAACCCUGACAUCUCCCCAUUUUUCACUUGGAGGAAACAGAAGCCACCCAGGGUCUGGCCCUGCACUCCUGGAGUGCCACCAGCUCUUGUUCAAGUUAGUGGGAGCCUGGAGCACUUCAGGCAUGUAAGACUGGACCCCAGAAGUUGAAUUGCCUUAUGCUGAGGUUUGAUUAUUUUCUGCUGGGCUGCUGUCUCUUUCUCUACUUGUUUUUUCCCCAAGAUAGAACAUUUCUCACUUUAAAUGCGUCUUUCUUGUGUGUGAGUUGCUGAGCAGUUCAGACACACAAUUUACCAGUUCGGAGCUACCAGUUGCAUGCAGCUUUGCUUCAUGUAUUGUUGAAGCUGAUGGGUAGAUGUUCCUCUUCAGGAUUUUGUUGACUCUUCCCCAACCUUCUGGCUACCACUGACACUAGAAAUGAAGUGGCAUUGAAAAGGGGUGAUAGUGCUUUCAAGGGAAGCAGCACAAAGCAGGAAGAGAUUUGCAGUUACCUAUUUGGGGUCAUUCAUGUUAUUAGAGCUAGCCCCAAAGUCAUAUUGGGCCAUUCUUGUAGACAUAGAAACAGCUCUUGAUACUCUCAAGAAACUGCAACCACUUUAAACUCUGCUUCCGUUGAAAACAGAAGAUAUUGUGAUUACAAGGUAUGCAGGUGCCAAAGCCAGCCCUGCACUUCAUACAACAUGGAGUAGUGCAUAGCAAAGAGACCCUUUUCCUGAACAAAACUAGUUUGUUAAACAUAUGCACUUAUUUUUGUCUGUACAUAGAAGUAGUCACGUGUCAGUCUCUCCCUCUUUCUGAUUUUUUGCACUUGUUAGACAAAGACAUAGUUGAUAGGUUAUUCAGUAAACAGAAAUCUGUGUAUGUUUUAAGUAUUGGAAGCUUUGCCUUGCCAAACAGAAUGUGUAAACCUUUUGAAGACGUUAUGCAGCUUAAUAUAUGCAUUGUAAAAUAAUUUUAUUUUUCCUCUCUCUGUUAAUUUAAAGUCUGUGCGUUCGAUGUGCGGCCUCAAUGUGGCAACAAAUAAGUGCUGGUAUUUAACAUGCUCCUGAUCUUGGUGUUUCACUCGCAUCAGUUAUCCUUUUGCAAGUACAGAGUUGCCCUGUUAAGAGGAAGACAAUUAAAGCAAAGGAAUGAAGAUAAAACCAACCAUGACAAAUGUUUCACUUAAUGGAUCUUAUCCAAGGAAUACCAAUGCACAAAUGCCUUCUAGUCCCUUGGUUUGCUGAGUAUUUUAUUGCUAGCUGUACUAUUUCUUUUCAGAACAAACUAUUUAAUAAAUGCUGUACAUGUAUAUAACUAGUCGUCCAGCAAAACCAGCGUUCCAUUAACAUGCAUGAUGUUGAUGUUGAUGCUUUCACACAGUUACUAUAUUCCUUAGUGGUGCAGCUUUCUCCUCUAGGUCAGUUAAAAGACAGCUCUCCUUCUCUCUCUCUAUACAUUACUCCCUCCAGUUUCAAGUACCCAAAGUUGUGUUUACAAUUGAUACUGCCCAAGAUUAUUUGUUUGUAUACCCCCCCUCCUAUUUAUUACAGACCUUUGAUGUAGACAGAUUUAGGUAGCUGAACUGAAUGUAGAGGGUCAUUCUUAAUGGUUUUGUUGAACUUGAUUCAUUUUUGUUUUUGUGCAAAGGGGGAGCAAUGGAUCUUUACCCUGAGUUAGAUCACUAGUGGACUUUAUGUAAAGUACUGCUGUUGGUAAGUCAGUUCACCUAACCUCAGCCAACCAGUGCAAUGAUGUUGCUAAUGUCAAUCACAACUGUUUGAUUUGUAUUGUGUUUUGUGAAAUUGUGCUGUAGCCAUUCCAGGUGACAUCAGUAACUGGUUGUAAAAUAUUGUCAUUUUCGAUUGUGGUCGGUUGUAUAGAAUGGUUGGUGUACAGUGUUGUACAGCUGGAGGGUUAUUUGUACAUACGUGGGGAAAUGAAGAACUUUGUGUCGCCCACAGCAAAUAUUGAUAUUGUUGGUCAGCCAAAGAUUUUCUUAUUCUUUGCUGCUUAAACCUGUGCCUUAAUAUUGUAUAUAAUAAAUG